AUGUCACAAUUACAGCUCUUGAAUGUGUUUCUGACCGAACGAUUAACAGCGGUAGCUAUGGAGAUAUCUGUUGUACUUGAACAAAAUUUAGGCGAGUACCAGGAAGAAAUCUCCCGUUCAAAUGAGGAGAACAAACGUCUACAGAACCUGUUGGACUUGGUUUUCAGCUCCGAAAUCAAGUUACUCCGCGAAGACUCCCAGCAGCUCUCUCUUCCUGUCUCUGAAGAGGAGGUUCCCCCUGAGCAGCAGCACUGUGAGCAGGAGAGUAGCCCCAGUCAGAGGCAGGAGGACCCAGAGCCCACACUGAUUAAAGAGGAACAGGAGGAACUCAGGACCAAUCAGGAGGAAGACCAGCCUCAAGGUCUGGAACCUGAUACCAAAGACCUCUUGAUUCCUGCCUGUGUGAAAAGUGACUAUGAACAGGACCCACCUCUGCCCUCACAUCUUGACCAAACCUUGGAGAACAGAGAGAGGGACUCUCUACCCACCAACACAACUGAACAGAUCAAAACAGAACCUGAUGGAGAGGACUACAGAGGAUCAGAACCAACCAGGGACUCUCAACUCCUCUCUGAAGCCCAGAUAGAAAACAUAGACGAACGUGUUGAUGGGAUGGAGAGACACAUUCCUCCUCCCUUCUCUCCAGACUCCCAGCAGCCCUCUCUCUCUGUCUCUAAAGAGGAGGUUCCUCCAGAGCAGCAGGAGAGAAGCCCCAGGCUGGGUCUGGAGGACCCAGAGCCCACAAAACAAGAGGAACUCUGGACGAAUCAGGAGGAACAGCAGCUGGAAUCUGACAGCAGCGUAUCAGAACCAACCAGUGACUCUCAGCUCCUCUCUGCAGUAAAUCCAGACUGUUCUGCAGCUCUGGGGGAAAACAGAGUAUGUGUUGAUGGGGCAGUGGAGAUGCUUGUUCUUCUUUUCUUCCCUCCAGACUCCCAGCAGCUCUCUCUUCCUGUCUCUGAAGAAGAGGUUCCCCCUGAGCAGCAGCUCUGUGAGCAGGAGAGAAGCCCCAGUCAGAGGCAGGAGGACCCAGAACCCACACAGAUUAAAGAGGAACAGGAGGAACUCAGGACCAAUCAGGAGGAAGACCAGCCUCAAGGUCUGGAGUCUGAAAUCAGAGUAUCAGAACCAACCAGCCUCUGCAGAGUUUUAGAACCAACCAGUCUUUGCAAAGUAUUAGAAUCAACGUCUGUAGCAAAUCCAGACUGUUCUGCAGCUCAGAGUGAAAAGAUAGAAGAAUAUGUUGAUGGGUUGGAGAGACCCAUUCUACCUUCCUACCCUCCAGAACUCCCUGUCUUUGAAGAGGAGGUUCCCCAUGAACAGCAAGAGAGGAGCCCCAGGCUGGGUCUGGAGGACCCAGAGCCCACAAAGGUUAAAGACAAAUGGGAGGAAUUCAUGACCAGGCAGGAGGAAGAGCAGCUUCACAUUGGGCUAUCAGAAUCAACAAGCCUUUGUAGAGUAUCAGAACCAACCCUCUCUGUAGCAAAUCCAGACUGUUCUGAAGCCCAGGUAGAAAACAUAGAAGAACGUGUUGAUGGGAUGGAGAGACACAUUCCUCCUCCCUUCUCUCCAGACUCCCAGCAGCCCUCUCUCUCUGUCUCUAAAGAGGAGGUUCCCCCAGAGCAGCAGGAGAGAAGCCCCAGGCUGGGUCUGGAGGACCCAGAGCCCACAAAACAAGAGGAACUCUGGACGAUUCAGGAGGAACAGCAGCUGGAAUCUGACAGCAGCGUAUCAGAACCAACCAGUGACUCUCAUCUCCUCUCUGCAGUAAAUCCAGAAUGUUCUGCAGCUCAGAGCGAAAGCGGUAAAGUUCAUCAGAGUCCCAGAACAUCUUCAGAACAAGUUUCUAGUAACGUGGAAUCAAAUGAAGCAUCUAAUUUCUCUACCUGGAGUGAGGAAAACAUCUCGGCUACAGACAGCAACUCUUCAGACAGGAACUCCUGCACUAAAGAAGACUCGGAGGCACGUAAACCAGCCAAGAGAACACGCCAUUCUAGUGGUGUGGUGAAUGAAAAAUCUGAUCUGUCUAACUUCUGUGAUGAAAAUAACCCGGGGACUGAGAUCAGGCCUUCAGAUGGCAACAAAGACAUGAACAUCCAAACAGACUCUGGGGCUCAUAAUCCUAAUCCUGGCCAGCCGAUCCGUCGCACACGCACCCAGCCGACCCGUCACACACGCACCCAGCCGACCCGUCACACACGCACCCAGCCGACCCGUCACCCACGCACCCAGCCGACCCGUCACCCACGCACCCAGCCGACCCGUCACCCACGCACCCAGCCGACCCGUCACCCACGCACCCAGCCGACCCGUCGCACACGCACCCAGCCGACCCCUGUCGCACUUGCGCCCUGCCAGCCGACCGCCGUCACACAGGCGCCUGACCAGCCGAUCCGUCGCACACGCACCCAGCCGACCCCUGUCGCACUUGCGCCCUGCCAGCCGACCGCCGUCACACAGGCGCCCUGCCAGCCGACCGCCGUCACGCAGGCGCCCUGCCAGCCGACCGCCGUCACGCUGGCGCCCUGCCAGCCGACCGCCGUCACGCAGGCGCCCUGCCAGCCGACCGCCGUCACGCAGGCGCCCUGCCAGCCGACCGCCGUCACGCAGGCGCCCUGCCAGCCGACCGCCGUCACGCAGGCGCCCUGCCAGCCGACCGCCGUCACGCAGGCGCCCUGCCAGCCGACCGCCGUCACGCAGGCGCCCUGCCAGCCGACCGCCGUCACGCAGGCGCCCUGCCAGCCGAUCGGUCGCACACGCACCCAGCCGACCCCUGUCGCACUUGCGCCCGGCCAGCCGACCAAACGUCUACAGAGUGACUCUCAGCUCCUCUCUGCAGUAAAUCCAGAAUGUUCUGCAGCUCAGAGUGAAAACGGUAAAGUUCAUCAGAGUCCCAGAACAUCUUCAGAACAAGUUUCUAGUAACGUGGAAUCAAAUGAAGCAUCUAAUUUCUCUACCUGGAGUGAGGAAAACAUCUCAGCUACAGACAGCAACUCUUCAGACAGCAGCUCCUGCACUAAAGAAGACUCUGAGGCACGUAAACCAGCCAAGAGAACACGCCAUUCUAGUGGUGUGGUGAAUGAACCAUCUGAUCUGUCUAACUUCUGUGAUGAAAACAACCCGGGGACUGAGAUCAGGCCUUCAGACGGCAACAAAGACAUGAACAUCCAAACAGACUCUGGGGCUCAUAAUCCAGCUAAGAGGAUAUGUCGGAGGGUGCCUGAUAUGUCAGAGGGUGCAGUAGCAAGACGUGGGAGUGGAGAGAUGGCUUCCUGUUCCCGUCCCAAAGUGCCAGGAUCCACUCCAGAUUACACCCACUGCUUGCACUGUCAAGGUCUGUACAUUCGAAAGUCACUAUGGAAACAUGUCAGAUACUGCCCUCUGAACCCCAAAGCUGAAGAACCAAAACCUGGACAAAAGAUGAGGUUUCAGUCAGCAAUGGUGUUUAAGUUGUGUCCUCAACCCGACUACGUCAGCACAGGUCUUUGGAAGAUAGUUUGUGGUAUGAACUCCGGCCAAGUUUCAUUUGUGGUAAGAAAUGACAAAUGUAUCCUCCUCAUGGGAGAAGAGAUGUACAACAAACUACCGCCAGAUGACAGAAGAAAUAAAUACAUCCAACAAAGAAUGAGAGAGGUGGCAAGACUCCUCAUCACGGCCAGGACGUGUACACCUCUGAUGUCCUUUGAGGACCUGGUCAUACCUAGUAAUUUACCUCAAGUCAUCACGGCAGUGAGAGCUGUUGCUGGCUACAACGAGGAGAACAAAACGUACGACUGUCCGACGCUGGCUGUUCAAAUGGGAUACAACUUAAUGAACAUUGGCAGCGCUGUGGAAUCCUCUGCACUGACGUCAGGACAACACAAAGUCGCGGAGUCUGCUUGCAAAUUCAAAAGUUUCAAGUGGAAUGAGGUUGUUUUGGCUGGAGCACUGUCCACUCUCAGUGAACCCAAAAAUAAAUGUCCCCAGCCGACCGCCGUCACACAGGCGCCCUGCCAGCCGACCCCCGUCACACAGGCGCCCUGCCAGCCGGCCCCCGUCACACAGGCGCCCUGCCAGCCGACCCCUGUCACACAGGCGCCCUGCCAGCCGACCCCUGUCACACAGGCCCCCUGCCAGCCGACCCCUGUCACACAGGCGCCCUGCCAGCCGACCCCUGUCACACAGGCGCCCUGCCCGCCGACCCCUGUCACACAGGCGCCCUGCCCGCCGACCCCUGUCACACAGGCGCCCUGCCAGCCGACCCCUGUCACACAGGCGCCCUGCCAGCCGACCCCUGUCACACAGGCGCCCUGCCAGCCGACCCCUGUCACACAGGCGCCCUGCCAGCCGACCCCUGUCACACAGGCGCCCUGCCAGCCAACCCCUGUCACACAGGCGCCCUGCCAGCCGACCCCUGUCACACAGGCGCCCUGCCAGCCGACCCCUGUCACACAAGCGCCCUGCCAGCCGAUCCGUCGCACACGCACCCAGCCGACCCGUCGCACACGCACCCAGCCGACCCGUCGCACACGCACCCAGCCGACCCGUCGCACACGCACCCAGCCGACCCGUCGCACACGCACCCAGCCGACCCGUCGCACACGCACCCAGCUGACCACUGUCGCACUUGCGCCCGGCCAGCCGACCCGUCGCACAGGCACCCAGCCGACCCGUCGCACAGGCACCCAGCCGACCCGUCGCACAGGCACCCAGCCGACCCGUCGCACAGGCACCCAGCCGACCCGUCGCACAGGCACCCAGCCGACCCGUCGCACAGGCACCCAGCCGACCCGAAGAAACACUGUGAGAUUAAAGUCGAUCACUGAUGAGGUAGCAGCAGUAGAGAAACACAUGAUGCCGUUCAUAAAGAGUAGCCGAGUUUCUGAAAAGAGGGACUGCCUCGAAUGCCUCCAGUCAGAACCUGUGGCGCUCAAAAGCAGAGACUGGUCGGGCAUUAAGUUCUAUGUAAAUAGAGUCAAACAGAGACAGAGUAUUGCAGGGAACUCAGAGGGCAGCAGCCCUGACCGGGACUCAACCUCAGGUCCAGCAGCCCUGACCGGGACUCAACCUCAGGUCCAGCAGCCCUGACCGGGACUCAACCUCAGGUCCAGCAGCCCUGACCGGGACUCAACCUCAGGUCCAGCAGCCCUGACCGGGACUCAACCUCAGGUCCAGCAGCCCUGACCGGGACUCAACCUCAGGUCCAGCAGCGCUG